GGCUCCGGCAGGCCCGGCUAGGGUCGUCUCGCCUACGCAGAGCGCUGUGCGUGCACGGUCGCGUGCGCGUGUCCGCGGUGGUAGCGGGCAUGGCGGUGUGCGCUCGGCUCUGCGGCGUGGGCCCCGCGCGUGGGUGCCGCCGCCGCCAGCAGCGCCGCGGCCCCGCUGAGACGGCAGCGGCGGACAGUGAGGCGGACACGGACCCCGAGGAGGAACGUAUCGAGGCGGGGCCGGCGCGCUGCUCCCUGCUGGAGCUCCCGCCCGAGCUGCUGGUGGAGAUCUUCGCCUCGCUGCCCGGCACCGACCUGCCCAGCCUGGCGCAGGUCUGCAGUAGGUUCCGCCGCAUCCUGCACACCGACACUAUCUGGAGACGGCGCUGCCGCGAGGAGUAUGGCGUUUGUGAGAACCUACGGAAGCUGGAGAUCACAGGCGUGUCUUGCCGGGACGUCUAUGCGAAGCGUAUAAACCCUCGUGUGAAGUCAGGACGCUUCAUGAAAAUUCUCCCCGAUUACGAGCACAUGGAGUACAGAGAUGUGUACACCUGCCUGCUUCACCGAUACAGACACAUUUUGGGGCUGUGGCAGCCAGACAUCGGGCCAUAUGGAGGAUUGCUGAACGUGGUGGUGGAUGGCCUGUUCAUCAUCGGCUGGAUGUACCUACCUCCUCAUGACCCCCACGUUGGUGACCCCAUGCGAUUCAAGCCCCUGUUUAGAAUCCACCUGAUGGAGAGGAAGUCAGCCACAGUGGAGUGUAUGUACGGCCACAAAGGGCCCCACAACGGCCACAUCCAGAUUGUGAAGAAAGAUGAGUUCUCCACCAAGUGCAACCAGACAGACCACCACAGGAUGUCCGGUGGGAGGCAGGAGGAAUUUCGGACCUGGCUGAGGGAGGAGUGGGGCCGCACGCUGGAAGACAUCUUCCACGAGCACAUGCAGGAGCUGAUUCUGAUGAAGUUCAUCUACACCAGUCAGUACGACAACUGCCUGACAUACCGCCGGAUCUACCUCCCGCCCAGCCACCCCGAUGACCUCAUCAAACCAGGCCUCUUUAAGGGCACCUAUGGCAGCCAUGGCCUGGAAAUCGUGAUGCUCAGCUUCCAUGGCUCACAUGCCAGGGGCACCAAGAUCACGGGUGACCCCAACAUCCCUGCGGGGCAGCAGACUGUGGAAAUCGACCUGCAUCGCCGCAUCCAGCUGCCAGAUGUGGAGAACCUCCGCAACUUCAACGAGCUCUCCAGGAUCGUCCUGGAGGUCCGAGAGCAGGUGCGGCAGGAGCAGCAGGAGGCUGGCGAGGACCCCGCCCCGCCCCGGGAGCCUUUGGCCAAGGGCCCUGAUGGGCCACCUGCCGAGGGCAGCAGAGAGCCUGGCAGUGGAGCUGAGGCAGCCGGGCAGUCGGCUUCAUCUGGGCAGGGGCAGCCGUUUGUGUUGCCCGUGGGUGUCAGCUCAAGGAAUGAGGACUAUCCCCGCACUUGCCGGCUCUGUUUCUACGGCACAGGCCUCAUCGCGGGCCAUGGCUUUACCAGUCCCGAACGCACUCCCGGCGUCUUCGUUCUGUUUGAUGAGGACCGCUUUGGGUUCCUCUGGCUGGAACUGAAGUCUUUCAGCUUGUACAGCCGAGUCCAGGCCACCUUCCAGAAUGCCGAUGCCCCGUCGCCGCAAGCCUUUGACGAGAUGCUCAGGAACAUCCAGUCUCUCACCUCCUGACCUCUGCGUGGGUGGAGAGGCUGCACUGGGACCCGGGGUGGGGGAAGCAUGCACUUUGGAAAUGAACGCACACCUUCUCACUAAGGUCCUGGUUGCCCCGAGACACUUCUUGUAUAGGGUGUAACAUACUCUUGUAUAUUUGAUUUGUUGGUAGCUAUGAAGGAGAACUUUAAGCAUGGUGGGAAAGAAGAACAGUUGAGCCAGGGUGAGUCUGACUGGCUGGUGGCUGUGGCGCAGAGAAGCAGGUGGAAGGUGAAUCUGUCUUCAGGGAGGGUGACACAGCCACCAUGGAUCACGGAUCUGCUGCACCUGUUCCCCUGGAUGAGCUAAACAGGCACAGCUGGGCAGUGGCACAGUGGAAUUGGUUGGGUACCAGACACAGGGACCCCAGAUGGCUUCCAUUUCCUCAUUUGCUUAGACGCGGGCAUCCUACCAUGACCUGUUUUCUGUCCUGGCUGAUAGGAGCCACCAGGGAGUGUCACCGCAGUCUCCAUUCUGGCCCCCUGGUGUCCUCUGUGUCACACCUGCUCCAGCGUGAGAGCCAAGCUGUCAGGCCAGCCACUAGCUUGUCCCCAGAAGCCACACACACUCCCUUGGUCUUCCACAUGGACGAUGGAGAGCUGGCCCAGCCUGUUUGUCUGUAGGGCCUGCCCUGGCUGGACACCACAGCCCUGUUGCUGUGGUCUUGUUGCUGUGCAGGUGCCUCUCACAGUGUUGAUGGUGUCAGCAGAGAUGCCCGUGGAGCCCUUCCUAGGUGAGAGAGGGCAGCUCUCAAGAUGGUCACACUUCGGUGUGGCAGUAUUUUCUGGAGCGUUGCUAAUUGAGGACUCAUCUGCUCAGAGAUUGAGUGCUGGGCUGUACUCGUGUCUGCUUUGGGAACCCUUUCUGAGGUCAACAUUGUGUCUCCCAAAGAGUUGAGACCAAGAGCUUAGACCUUUGGGAGCUCCUGCCAGCACUUCCAGGGUUUAGUAGACUUCUAGGCUGCCUCUUGCCCCUUUGGUCCUUGUCCUAGGUGUUCAGUGGCCCGCCCUUCCUGCCAGAAGGGUCUGCAGUCUCAGGAGGCAGUGUGGCAGAGGAGUCUUGUGAACUGGUUUUGGGAUGCUGGCUUUCUGUCGGGCGCUGUAACAGAGCCUGCAGUGAGCCACCAGGGCUGGGUCCUGACCUCCCGCAUCUUUUGCAGGGUUGAGCCCCAGCCUUUUGUUCCUUCCUUUGUUAGCCAUGAAUGUUUCUAUUGUGCCAAAUGGGGCGGGCAGGCUCUGGACAGUGGGGACUGUGACUAAGAAGCUGCAGGGACAGUCCAGACCGGACAGCUGGACAUGCAGGUGGCCGCUCUUGUGGUUUCACCGUGUUUGGAGAAACCAAGAAUACAUUUUACCCGAGGCUUGCUGUGGGAUGCUGUGGUUCAGAGUUUUAAAUCUCAGGCACUUCCAGUUAUGAAGGGGUAACCACACGUGUUAACCAACCACAUAUUAGCUUUCCUAAACACAUACCCUGUUUGCUGCAGGAGAGGGUGGAUAAGGGCUGACAUCACUGUUGGAUGCGGAUGAGACAGUGGUGCCUGGUGUGGGGAAUAGCCAGGCCCAGGCACUCUGCAGGCAGCAGGUAGACCCCUAUGUCCCUGGGCCUCCCCAGGCCAGCACGCUGGUGACCUUGUCAUUUUACGGCUCACACUGCAUAGUCCAUGGAAGUUGGAGAGAAGGCCUCUCGUGGGUUUGCACACUAGGUCUGCUCUGCUGUGUGUGGUUGGGGUUAGGUGCAAGCCUCAGGAAGCUUUUCUAGGGGAAAUAGUCCUUUGGCGUGAGGAUGUUGCUGAUGUCUGUUUAGGCCCCGGUAUGUUCAGGCCCUGGUACAGUGUCAGGACAUUGGCCACUGUUUCUCAGGCUUCCAGCAUCUACAUGCAGUCUGUCCUUGGGAGCCCUGACUCACCUUGUGUCCCUCUGGCAUCAGCUGCCUGACUGUGGCAUGGCUUGAGACCCUGGGCCCCUCUGCUCUGGACUGUCAGCUCUGCGGCAUCCCCGUACCUCCUCUUGGACCUCCCAGUCCCUGCAUGUCUACCAAUAGAGCGGGCACUUGACAGUGACUUCUGGCCAGAUGCUGUGCCAGCCAGUCCUUCCUCACAGUGUGCAGUGAACUCAGAGGCACUUUUUUGUUAGACUUGUUCCUUCGCCGAGACGUUGGAGUUGAGUACUGUUGUGCAGGAUAGCCAGAGCUCAUCCUUAUUCACUGGCUGUCUAUCCCAGCCCUCCAGCGACUCUCUGGUUGCCAGACUUGCUUGGACAACACACCACCCAUCACGUGUUCACUUUUCUGUACUUGUGGGCACUAGUAGAAAAGAACCAUCCUCCUCAGCUAUCAGGAUUUUGUGAACCCCAGGACACCCUUGUUCCUUGUUCCCAACCUUGUUUGGGGCUCUUUUCCUCAAGACAGUAAGUACGGACGACAUCCGGCCCCUGACCUGUAAUGUGAUGCUGGGCAGAGCAUCUGGGUGUGCCGAGCUCCUUCUGCUCCCUGCCUUUCUGUCCUGACUGGGGAGAGUGUCAACCUCCUCAGGUCAUCGUCCAUUUGUCGUUAGGGACCCAGUCUGUGGUUCUGGGGAAGAGCGGGAUAGAUGUCUCCUUGGAGAAGCUGUGAGCAGAAGUGUAUGGUUUAGAACUUAUGAAUGCGGCACUGCCAGUCACAGCCCCUUGGCCCGUAUGACCAGCCUCCAAAGAGGAGUUUAGCGGUGGGUGGUGACACUGAAGGCACCUGAAGGACAGCUGUCUUUGGCUGGAUCCUCUGUGUUUGCAUGGAGGCCAGCAAAAUCCACCAGAAUGUGCUUUCUCAGCCCAGUGGCUCGUGCUCACAGCCUGUCUGGAAAAUGUGGUUUGUCUUGAGUGCAUCCAAGCUCUGGACAGAGGGCGGGCCUUAGAAGUCCUCUCAGGUCAGCUCAGCUUUGCCCAAGGGUCAAAGAAGGACCCUGAAAAAGUAGCUGCUGUGUUCCUGGUGUCUGCACACCUGUGACCCUGUCACCUAGGAUGUGUGGUUGUUUCUCCUUUCAGUUUUCAGUAAACCUGUUUUUGAAGCCUUGU